AAACAAGUCGACCUUGCCCUUUGUGUAGAAACGAUUCACUUACGUCGAUGUCGUUGUACCGACGUUCACAUUUCUCUACAAAAUGUGCUUGUACCAGAGCAGUCUCAGUGUAUCAAUUCUUGUGGAAUAGUAGCUGAUGAUAUUUUAGCACGAUGUUUCUGACGGUGGGUCAGAAAAUGACCACUACUCAGUGGUGUGACCUGUGUAGGAAGAAAGGACUGGACAAGAAGCUGGUUCCUCUGCAGAUAAAUCUGGAUGAAGCAGUGUUGAUGUGUCAGAAUGAAGCAUGCCCUUAUCCUAUGGGAGCUGACCUGUCUCACAGUCUCCUGGAGAGAAAGUACACAGAAAUAGCAAACCCAAGAAAAAGGAAGAAACAAAAGGGGGAAAGUGGAACAGUGUCUGUCUCUUCAAUGUCCAAACACAGAAAGCUCAAAACAUUAAGCACAGCUACCUCUGACAGUCCAUCAUCUCUAGGAGGCAGCACUUCCAAGAAAAGCUCAAUUCCAGCUCAGCUCAGUUUUGUAUCCAGGGCCAGUGGAGGUAAAGACCUUCAGAUUGCUAGGCCUCUUCCACAAGGUGGCAUUAGUUGCAGACUUAACCAUGACAUCCCCAAUUCCACACCAGUUGAAAAAGUCAGGUCUUGGCUUUCCAGUUUAUCGUCAGUUUUGCCUCCCAAGCCUGGCGUUGCUGUGGGAAAUGCUCACUCGCCUUCUUUGCUCAGGUCUAAUAUCAGCUCAGGGACUUCUGCCUUUAGACCUUAUGUAGCAGAACACAACAAGCAGAACAGAACUUCUCCAACUGUUGAAGGGAAACGUGAUAACAAUGACAUUUUGACCAGUGAGACAGCAGCCUGUAAAAAUUUGUCAACAUUGGAAGCAGAUAAAUUGUCUUCUAAAAGUUUAAAUGGUGAUAUUGAACAUGGCUGUUCUAUGCAGACAGUUACUACUGGGAAAAAUGACCCAGUUACCACUGUGAAAAAUGACAUAGAUGCUGACGUAAAUGACCUACUUACUGUCCAAGAUGACCCAGUUACCACUAUGGCAUGUGAUAGUGGCGACAAAAUCCUAGCUGAACUUGGUUUGAUAUCUCCUAUACUUCAGCCUGAACAGGUAGUGCCUGGUAUCAACACAGCACCAAACACUGCGAUCCCAGGCAAAGCUGCUAUGAGCAAAACCCUACCUGCUGAAAUGACUGAUUUGCAUGAUGUGAACAAAGUAGGGAAUACCGUAGAAAUCACAAAAGGGAUUAGUUUAUGUAUAGACACUACAGGUGCCAUGGCAGACACUAGGACAGUGACAGUUGUGCACAAACCACUGUUGACUUGUCCAACAACAGAGCCUGAAAUGUUCAGCAAAGACACCUGUAGCUUGAGCCACAAUCAAAACGGAACUGGAGAUCCAGACAAAUGCAAUGACAAUUCUUCCUUCCCAUCCUGUGACAUUACAUCCCAAGCUGACAUUCCUCCUGUGAAUUUGAAAUCAGACUGUAAAUUAAGCUCAAUCAACUUUCGUCUUGCAGAAGAACCGGAAUGCCAGGAUGGUGAUAUUCUAUUUCCUCAGUGGUAUAACGAAGAUGCUUUGUGCUGGCUUGACGUAAUAAUGUGCCUUAUAGUUCACAACAAGACAAUACGCCAUAGCCUGUCUUGUCAGUCCCCUGGUGGCAGCCUGUGGAAGCUUAUUGAAGAGUAUGACAGAGCAGUUGACAUUGUUAGGAAAGUUGGGCAUGGGGUUCUUCAAGGUUCUCAUGGGAUGAGGCGGAGACAAAGUGAUCCAGACGAUAACUUUGCUGUGAAAACUGGAGGAGGACAUUGCUGGACAGUGAGUGGACCUGUAGUGACCACAGCACAGACUGGCCAGGCUGUGACAGUAGUCAGGGCUGUGAAUGACUCGGAAAAUGUCAGGGAUGACAAAGAUGGUGCACACGGUAAAGUUAGUGCUCACCACAAAAGUGCAGAUACUGAAAAUGCGAGUGAACUUGCCCUGGGCAAAGCACAGAGCUUUGGAAAUUUGGAAAUGAAGAGAAUUAUGGAGCAAUCUUGUGUAGAAUGUGGAGAGAAAACAAACUCAACCAACCAGAAUACUUCUUCCACAAUCUUCUUAGAGAAGGGUGAUGGCAGAAAUGCAGUGACUGUAACAAAACGUUCACGGUCAGGGAAGGUGACAAAAUCCCAUAUUUGUCAGCUGAUGAUAAGUCAACUGCUUGCUAAAGGAGGACAAGUGAUUCAAAAUGGACAUUCUCUUGGAGACGACACGGAGACCAAAAGCGGUUUCCAGAAGCAGCAAGAGCAGGGGGAUGAUCUUGUGAAAGAGAGUCUGAGAGAGAAACUCAUGAAAGUCAUCAACAUCUUAAGUGACGUACGAGAGCUGAUCUGGCAGCAAUUAGAGCCUCGUCUUCAGUGUCAGAAGGGACGUAACGACAGCCCGGUGUUUGCAUUACCGCUGUUGGUGACUCAGAACAAAAUGGAGGAUUUUUUCAGGGUGGAUUACCAUUGGCUGUUGCAGUGCAAGGUGUGUGGAUAUGAGCAGCGAGAUAGGCACAGUAAGGUUCUUCCCACAUUUCCCAGUGUGGCCCCUGAUUUCAGCAUGACGAACGCCAGCUUCCUGCGACCAUGUUUUAAGUGUAACGCUGCUAGUCAGAAGAGGACCAUGCACAUAGAGAGAUAUCCGAAGGUGCUGACCAUGCACUUUGUGGAGGGACUUCCAGUGGGGUCAAAGGUCACAGACUUGGACUUUAGUCAAAAUGGAGUCAGCUAUGGCAUCAGCGGCCUGGUGCAGUUUAAGACAGAUCCCGAUCACUUUGCAGCCUGGGUUAGAAAAGGCCACCAGUGGAUGGAGUGUGAUGACAUGAAGCACCCCCUGUGUCAUUUUGAGAACAAAGAGCCAGCCAUUCUUCCAGGGGAGGUCCACAUUGUUAUGUGGGAGAUGGAGAGCAGUCUCCCCGCACUGUCUACCAGCAACAGCACACCCCCCUCUCUGUCAGCAGUCCCUUGUAAAGGAUCCGUUGCCAUUACAACCAGUUCUGUUGACAGUGAAUUGACCGCCAGAUGUAAUAUUAGAGUAAACGCUAGCGACAGCAGUUUAAAAUGUACACCAACAGUGCCUACUGAUGCCAUAACAACUAGGGAUGCACAUGUUAAAAUGGUCAAUGCCUCAGUUGGUGCUGUUUCCAUGAGCAGUAUUGCAGAUAAUCUUACAGUAGAUCGCCCCAAGCAAGAAGUCUUGAUAAACCAGGGACAAGUCCCAGGUCAGGGUUCUCUGAGUGGCCAAACUGCAGUAGACCCAGCAGUCCUGAAGGUUGAGGAAACCACCAAGGUGGACAAUUGUCCAGUCUCGGACACCUGCUCUGGUCAAGGAAAAGUCGCCAGUGGUUUAACUAGCAUGAAGUCCAGUGUGUCUUCUCUUGAUGGCAGUUUGGGUGACACUGGGCGUAGCCUGUCCCGGUGUUCAACGCCAUCUGGUGGAGUGUUAGAAUAUGUGGGUGGUGUUGUCAAUGGUAAAGGUGGCGCCACUUGUCAGUCUGUCACACCUUGUAGUAGUGGUUCCAACAUUGUGACCACUAGUAAUGGUUUAAAUCAACUGGAAAGCAACAGUUCUGUGGUAGUCUCCCAAAAUUCUGCGUCUCAGCCUCCAUCCCAUCUGACAAAGAGUGUCAGCUUGUUUAGGAGGAUGGUCAAAAACAAACCAGCUUUAAAGUUACCGCCUUUGUGUCGGCCAGAAGAAGCACGCUCGAAUGAUGGGUCUGUUGGCAAGAUCACCGGGAGUAUUGAGAUAACCAGCGGUGCUUUGGUUCAAGGAUACAGUGAAGGGAAUAAGAUGCCCAAUAAAGAAAGUGACACCAAGCGUGGGCCAAGGAGGACACCAUACCAGAGGUCAAGAGGAAAAAGGGAAAAUCCUUUGCCUUCAACCUGUGGGGUUUCUGGACCAUUUCAACAAAAGGCAAACAUGAGAAAGUCUUCUGGGAGUCGAGGAUGUUCUGGUGGAACAAGUGCCAUUGGAAAUGUCACAUCUUCCUCGUUAAUGAUGCCACUGUCAGCAGCAACAACCGCAGCAACAAUAGCAACGUCUCUGGAAGCUCCAGUUGAAACUGCAUCCCCUUUCCCAAGCCUGUCUUUCCUCAGCCAUGGUCCAAGCAGUAACGUUUCUGAGCCUAAAAAAGAUGUCGCAGGCAUGUUCACUCCCUCCUCGAUAGGGGGAGCCACUACCCUCUCCACCCCCAAGACGUCUGUAGAUGGUUCUGAAGUUGGCAGACGAUCCAGCCCUGCUUUGUCCAGUGUUAGCAGCAGUGCGAGUAGCAAACCGUAUGUCUCGCUUGUGAAAUCUUUGUUGCAAAAGAAGCAGCCAGGACUUUUGGAUAAGAACCCCAAGACUACAAAGAAGGGCUCCACCUUUGCUGGCUAUACACCCAAGGCUCUACGCAAUCAGCCUGUGGAACCCAACAAGAUAAGCCCAGCAGAAGUCAAUUCUGCUGAUGCUGUCCGAUCUCCAACCAAGAGAGCAGUACAGUUUUCUCUGUCUCAGAAUUCUGAUGGCAACCAGAGGGAAGUGUGUUUGAGGUUGGUGGCAGAAAACAAUGGCAGUGGUAGUAAUGCUGUUCAAAGACUGCCGGUUGUCUUUGUCCCUCUCAAAGGAAUUUGUUCCAAUAAACUGACUCCAGUGAACAAGAAUCAGGGUGUGUCACGUGAUGUAUUGACCGUUGUGUGUGAGAAGAAGAAAGAAACCGUGAAACCUGCAUCUGGAAGGGGUUCUAAGCUCAGUCGAACAAAUUGCAGCUCCAGUCCUCGUUCAAAGAUGAUCCCGCUCCUUAACUAUGACAAUUAUUUGAAGUCGAAUACCACCACGCAAAACAGUAUGAACUAUAACCAAAGUAAAGAGGGAAGUGCCCUUAGUACACGGGGUUCUGUAGUCGAAUCCACCAGAGAUGUUGCAAAUGGCCCUGCCCCCGGGAUGAUUCCCCUGGAUGAUGCAAAUGACCCCAAGGAAGAGGGUGAAGUCCUUAAAGAGUUAUACGAAGCCCUAGGGUGCCUGGACAUACCUUUGAAGGAGAUCGAGGAAACCCAAGUCAGCCCUUCGGAUGAGGAGAAUAUAUUUAGAGAUUUGUUUGCCGCGUGAGAAAUAAGUUUAUAUUUGCUGCUGUUUAACCCAUGGUUAUUUUGACAAUCUUUAUUCUUCUUCUUCUUAUUAUUAUUAUACGGUGUUGCUAUUUUUCCUAGUAUUCAAAUCUGAAAGCAGCGCGUUUAGAUUCUUUUAUUUUGUAAUUUUUGUAAUGGUAGAAUGCAUCACCAAAUCAUAAUGUGAAGAUGAGUAAAUGAUACUACUGAUACGUCAACAAUGAUCGACAUGGUAAAUAUUGGUGCAAUCCACGCUAUCAGGUGAUUUUUUUCUGAGCAAUUGGUAGGUUUGUGAUGUUGAACAAUUUCAACGUAAUUUGUUUCAAUACGAGGAUACCGUAUAGCAAAUAAGCCCAAAUGGCAACUAACGGUACACUAAAGUGAGUCAUUUUCAAGAUCAAGACACAUUUGCUAUUGACUUUAUAGUUUAAAUCAUUUUUGAUAUUUUUCUAAGUGAACCAUCAGAGAUGGGGAAGUGGUUUAUAAUAAAAACGUGAAUGGAAUUUCA